CAAGGAACACGAAAGAGAAACUCAUUUUCCCUUCAGCUGACAACAAAGCAUCAUGGCUGCUGCAAACCCAGCAGAAAAUCUUGAGCAAGAACUUACUUGUUCAAUCUGCUUGGAUUACUUCCAGGAUCCAGUGAUGAUCGUUGGUUGUGGGCACAAUUUCUGCCGAGGCUGCAUCACCAAGCAUCGGCAAAAAUCGAACACUAAUAUCUAUUGCCCGGAGUGUAGAAACGUUUUUUCCUGGAAAGAUCUUAAACCCAAUAGACAAAUGGGCAACAUAGUACAAGUAGCUAAGCAACUCAGUGUGCAUCUGGAGAAGAGCCCACGAAGGGAGAAAAUGUGCAAAGAGCACAACAAAGCUCUGAGUCUUUUCUGCAAACAAGAUGAGACCCUCCUUUGCACGUCCUGUGAGAGGUCCAAGGCUCACAGAAACCACACUGUUGUUUGCACGGAAGAAGCUGCUGCAGAUUACAAGGCAAAACUUUUUAAAUAUGCAGAAAAUCUGAAGAAGGAAAGAAACCAGAUUUUGUUCGUAAAAUCGAAUGGCGAAAAGCCAAGCCAGGAGCUUUUGAAAGAGGCGCAAGCCGAGAGACAGGGGAUUAUGUCUGAAUUCCAACUACAGCGGCAGUUUCUGGAUGACAAAGAGCAAUCCCAGCUGGCCAAGUUGGGAGAGCUGGAAAGGGAGAUUGAGAAGACAAGAGAUGACUAUGCAAGUCCAUUUAAUAAUGAAAUAUCCUCCAUCAAUGAUCUGAUUGGUGAGAUACAAAAGAAGAGUGACCAAUCGGCAAGUGAAUUCCUGGAGGACAUUGGAAGCAUAUUGGUCAGAUGUGAGAAAGGAAAAUUUCAGUUGCCAGUUGUACCUGAUUCUACAGACAUGAAACAAAAGCUCAAGAAAUUAUCUCAAGAAAGUGCAUCUUUGAAAAGUACUCUGGGAAAAUUCAGAGAGAACAUGUCGAAACCAAAAUGGAUAAAAGAGAACAUGUCGAAACCAAAAUGGAUAAAAGAAAACGUGUUGCUGGAUCCAGAAACAGCCCAUCCCCGGUACGUUGUUUCUGAAGAUCGGAAAAGUGUCAGCUGGGGAGACGUCCGUCAGGAUUUCCCCUACAACCCCAAGAGAUUUGAAUAUGCUCGCUGUGUGCUUGGAACGAAGGGAUUCACUUCAGGGAAGCAUUAUUGGACAGUGGAUGUAGAGGACGUAGACUUUUGGGCUGUGGGCGUGGCUAGAGAAUCUGUGGAGAGGGAGGAGGAAAUUGAUUUUGAACCUGAUGAGGGCAUCUGGGCUCUGGGUUUUUACAAAGAUCAAUACAAAGCUCUGACAUCCCCUCCGACCCUUCUGUACCCAGAUGAUGACCCGACACAGAUCCAGGUAUCUCUGAACUAUGAAGAGGGGACUGUGGCUUUUUUUGAUCCUGAGGAUAAGAGCCGCCUCUUUCUUUUCCAGUCAAUCGAUUUUGAAGGAGAGAGAAUUUUCCCUUUCUUCCGGAUUUUUGAUUCAUCCGCUGAACUCUUGCUGUGUUCUUAAAACACAUGAUCCUUGGCUUGUGUUUUGCUGCAACGGGGUACUCAGAUGUGUCUAGGUGGCAGCUCUGAUAGGGGAGCAGGUAUCCAUUCUGAGCACAUCCAUUGUGGGCAGCCUACACAAGCUGAAGCUGCCAUCCCAGGCUGGUGGCCCAAAUUCCCCCUUCAAUUCAGGACCAAGGUGAGCUCGGCCGCCUGCACGGCUUGUUGCAUUAUAAUAAGAGUAGAGCACAGUAGCAUUAUACUAUGCAAAGAAUUGUACCCUUAUUUUGCCUCCCUUCUGCUGAUGCCAGUAAGGGGAUUUCCUCCCAGUGCAAAUACCAGCUUCAGAGGGGGGAUAAGUCCCCCCUCUGUGCCUGCCAUGGGCCUGACAAUUAUUAGCCCCCUCCCCCCCACCACAGAGAUGAUGCGAUUUGCCUUUUAAAGCCCUCUGUGCCUUAAAAACAAAGAUAUAUUUUAUGGUUCCUCAUUUGGGCCAUUGAGCAGUAUCCAAUACUUUCUGCUCAUUCUGUUGUGCCCAUGGGAUGAACCGGUGGCGAAACAGGAAUCUAGCACUUCCUGAGACAUAAGCCGAAAAUGUGUUUCCAGAAUGGGACACAUCAGUGGAGCUUUCAUGAAUUCUGCUGAUCUGCACCCCAUUCCAAAAACUAGUGUUUCAUCUCGUUUCUGGGGUUAUGUUAGCAACUGCUAGCAAUGGGUUUCACUGGCAUCUGGGCAAUGUUGGCUAUUUCGCCUGGUCUUCUCAUGUAAUCAUUGUAUACUGUUUGCCAGCAUUGUAACUCCUCAUAUGUAUAUUUUUCUUUUAUACUUAUGAUUUGGUGUCAUUAAUCCAACAAUAAAGUUCUUGAACCCUUGUGUUCUCUCAA